AUCGAACGAUUGGCACAUUACCAAAAAGUCUUGAAAUAGUUUUGGAAAAUAUAUCAAAAUAGCAGCUGGUAAAGAACAUAUGAUUAAAGCCCGGCGUCAUAGUGGAAACUAUAACUAUGUCUAGUGCGUCAAAGUCGGCGACGAGCGCUGCUAGCGGGAGCUCCACGUCCGCAGCUGCCGCCGCCGCUGCCUCUGUCGCCUCAGGAUCCAGCUCAUCCUCCUCCAAUGUGCAGGAGUUCAAGAUCCGGGUACCCAAGAUGUCCAAAAAGCACCAUGUGAUGCGGUUUAACGCCACGCUAAACGUAGAUUUUGCCCAGUGGCGUAAUGUAAAACUGGAGCGGGAGAACAACAUGAAAGAGUUCCGGGGCAUGGAGGAAGACCAGCCCAAGUUCGGCGCUGGAUCGGAAUACAAUCGAGAUCAGCGCGAGGAGGCACGACGGAAAAAGUUCGGCAUUAUAGCUCGAAAGUAUCGACCGGAGGCGCAGCCCUGGAUCCUGAAAGUGGGCGGCAAGACGGGAAAGAAGUUUAAGGGCAUCCGAGAGGGUGGUGUGGGUGAAAAUGCCGCUUUUUAUGUGUUCACCCAUGCACCAGACGGUGCCAUUGAGGCGUAUCCCCUGACCGAAUGGUACAACUUUCAGCCCAUUCAGCGAUACAAAUCCCUGUCGGCUGAGGAAGCUGAACAAGAAUUUGGUCGCCGAAAAAAAGUAAUGAACUACUUCUCUCUUAUGUUGCGAAAGCGUUUGCGCGGCGAUGAGGAGGAGGAACAAGAUCCUGAGGAGGCUAAACUGAUAAAGGCAGCCACCAAAAAAUCCAAGGAGCUCAAGAUCACUGACAUGGACGAAUGGAUCGACUCCGAGGAUGAGUCCGACUCAGAAGACGAGGAGGAUAAGAAGAAAAAAGAACAGGAAGACAGCGACGACGGUAAAUCCAAAGGGAAAGGCAAAAAGGGGGCAGACAAAAAAAAGAAAAAGCGGGAUGUGGAUGACGAGGCCUUUGAAGAAUCGGACGAUGGCGACGAAGAAGGCCGAGAGAUGGACUACGACACCAGUUCCAGUGAAGACGAACCAGAUCCAGAGGCAAAGGUCGACAAGGACAUGAAAGGCGUGGCCGAGGAAGACGCGCUACGAAAGUUGCUUACUUCCGACGAAGAGGAAGAUGACGAAAAGAAGUCUGAUGAGUCGGACAAAGAUGAAGCCGACGGCGAAAAGAAAAAGAAGGACAAAAGUAAGGAGGAGGGUUCCAAGGACAAGAAGAAGAAGAAAACAUCAAAAGACGAUAAGAAGAGCAAGGCGAAUGGCAGCGGCGACUCGUCUACUGACUUCAGCUCUGACAGCACAGACUCCGAGGAUGACCUCAGCAAUGGGCCGCCUAAGAAGAAGGCCAACUCCAAGGAUAAAGACAAGGAUAAGGAAAAAGAAAGCGCAUCCAGCAGCAAAGCCUCCACCAGCAGUAGUAGCAAUGCAAACAAAUCUCGCUCGGCGACGCCAACGCUCUCAACGGACGCCAGCAAGCGCAAGAUGAACAGCCUGCCCAGCGAUCUCACCGGCUCAGACACUAGCAACAGUCCCACCAGCACCCCAGCCAAAAGGCCCAAGAACGAGAUCAGCACCUCUCUACCCACUUCCUUCUCUGGCGGCAAAGUUGAGGACUACGGCAUCACCGAGGAGGCUGUACGUCGCUAUCUCAAACGGAAGCCCCUUACUGCCACCGAACUGCUUACAAAGUUCAAGAACAAGAAGACGCCCGUCUCCAGCGACCGUUUGGUUGAGACCAUGACGAAAAUCCUCAAAAAGAUAAAUCCCGUCAAGCACACUAUCCAGGGAAAAAUGUAUCUCUGGAUCAAGUAGCCUGCAGUCAUGUGAUUUUAAGAUUUCAUAAUCCAAAUGCAUUAUUGUUCUACAUAAUAUACGAAAAGUUUCUUUAAAUCGGUUUAUGAACAGAGUCCGUUUUAAGUAAAAAGUAUGAAAAGAAAUAGUUUGAUACAAAACAAGUCAUUUAUUUGUUCUCUAUACAAGACACAAAUUAUUUACAAAUACAUUAAAAAACUCUUUUUUGGCAUUUCUUAGAAACCGUAAUAUCUUUAAAUGAAUUUAAGUAUAUUCACCAAAAGCCGUUAAAUAGCUUAUUCAAUAGAAUCAUUCAAAAAAAAAAACAUGGAACUCGUUUGAAAACUAAGUAUAUGUAAGAAAAAAAUAAAUAAGGAAUAUUAUGCGAAAGUA